UUUUUAAGUCAAUGGAAUUAUCUUAUUUUUUUCCAUCUAUAAGCGAAUUAUAGAUAAUUUGACGUUGACGUGUUUUUGACGUUUUAAGGACUGUGUUGUGUUGUGUUGGCGUUCGAUUCGAUUUUGCUUUUAUGCUUUUACUUAAUUUCAUCUACUAACCUGUAAUUUAAAGAAGUAUUAAAAAGUAUAUUUAAUUGAGAUAUGGCUGCUAUGAUAUCGUCUUGGAAUUCAGAGAAAAAACAUAGUGAUGUUGAAAGAUGGAUAUGCAUAUAUCCAGCGUACCUGAACAGCAAAAAAACGUUGGCCGAGGGUCGACGGCUUCCCAAGAAGUACUGCGUGGAGAAUCCGACACACCAGGAGAUCAGAGAUGUACUGGUUACCACUGGCCUGCGAGUUGGUGUUGAGAACAAACUGUAUCCUCGAGAAAGGAGCAAGGAAAUGACAUACAGAGGUAGGAUCAGAGUGCAGAUCAAAAAUGAUGAUGGCACACCACUGAAGCCGGAAUUUGCAACUAGAGAAGAUGUUAUGCGAUACAUCGGUGAUAGCAUUCCUAAGAUGAAGACUCGACAGAAUAGGCCGGCUGACCAACAACCUCAGACUACACAGGCUAGCAACAAAAGCAAAGGGAAGAAAGGGCGGCGAUAAAUUAUAUUACUCAAAUU